CUGGCUUCAGGUUCUGCAGCUACAUCACAUUCAUGAAAUAUGUGUGUGCGCGCUCGUGUGUGUGCGUGCUCGUGUGUGUGCGCGCUCGUGAGCGUGCAUGUGUACAAGUAAGUGGCUUUCGGGUCUCCUUUACGCAUGUUGGAUACGCAUGACGCAUACUGGGGAUUUUUGGCUCGCUGUGUUUUGGAGUAACCAAACUGAAUUUCUGAACAGACUCCAACCAUACUGAGCUCCUUUGGGAUGAACUGGAAUGUCAGCUGCUUGUCCCUGGCCACUGCACUCAACAUCAGUGCCUGCCCUUGAAUGAAUACAGAUCCACAUAACCACACUCUGAUUUCUACUGGAAAGCCUUCACAGAGGAGUGGGGGUUAUUAAAGCAGCAGAAGUGUACUAAAUCUUUUUACAGGAUGUUCAACAAUCAAAUAUGAGUGUAAUGAUCAGCUGUCCACAUACUUUUGUGUAAAUGAUAAAGUGCCAUUUCACAUCAGAUAGGUUAUGUAAUGUUCUACUUUAGGUCAGAAAUGUUUUUCAUGAAAAGAAUCCUUUAUAGGUAUUGUGAAUCAGACGUAGAAAUAAUUUUGUCCUUAAUAAUAGCUUUGUAAAAGGUAGUAAACUCUACAAAGGCAUUUCACACACUUACAUUCUUCAUUUUCAUUUUGCUGCUCUGUUUACAUAAUUUGCUGAAGAGCACCUAGAACUAGGUUUCUGCUUAAUGACUUGAUUGACCUACCUAGCACAUCAAAAUCAGCCAAGCAGAAAAUUAAUUUAGUCGCUCCAGCUUCUAUUUACUCUAUUAGAUUAUUGUGUUGCAUAUGUUAAUGAGUGUCGAGAAAACAAUAAAAGCCUUCCAGAAUAACGCUUGAGUAACUGAUAGAGCCCUAUACCUCCAAGAGUUCUUCUAGAUGGCUUUUCUAGAAGGAGUUUCUCCUUAAAGCUUACUAAGAGAAACUUUACUAAGUAAUCUCUAACUCAUUGCAGGACGUAGGGUUCAAGGCAGUUAUUCACUUAGGUCAGGAUGUUGGUCCAUCACAAGUCACCCUCACAUACACCAUCCGCUUCCAUUAUGGUAUUUAUUGCAAGUACAGCACAGUGCCUCACUACUGUACAUAUGCCCCUGGCUGUUGUAGUGGUGAAAUAGAACAUAGAAUAUUAAACUACCCAGUGCUUUAAGGUAUAAAAUAUAUCUAGGCCCCUUUGUUCCUGGGUGAAAUUGGAUAGUUUUGGAAUUGUCACAAAAAACUUGCAGAGAUGGAUGCAAAUGCAGGUAACAGUUCAAAAUACAGUCAGAGGUAUUUUUACACUCUGCCACCAGUAAAACACUCCUAUUCAGUGUCCUUGAGUAGUGUGAGUAGACAUGACUUAGCUAACACAAAUAUUAAAGAGACACAGACUCAUCAGCAUGCACAGCAAAGAGUGCCAAGAUGGCCAUGGACAGAGGUUAGGGAGAAUGGGAGAAAUUAGGGGAGAGAAUGUGUGAGAGAGCAUGUGAUCAAGGGAGGAAAAAAGAGUUUGGUAAGGAACUGGAGGGUUAUUGAAGGAGAAAUGGAGGAGAAAACUGACAUACUGAGAGCAACAGAGCAGGGGGGAGAGAAGUGAAAGAUGUCAGUGGAACAGAAAGAUGUCUGGGUGUAGUCCACAGCUGAAUAUUACAAGUACAAAGCAGGAGAAUUUUAUUACUGCAGCUAAGCCUAAACCACAGUUUAUGGGACUGUGGAUCGACAGCCUCUGUUCAGGCAGCAUAUCAUAUAUUCAGUUACUUUUAAAGGUGCACAAUAAAAGUCCAGUAGCAUUUCUAAAGCACUUUAAUCUUUUCAAGGUAUUAAUUCAUCAGGUUCUUUUACAAUUUAUCAAUGUGUUUAACCUUGUUCAUGGCUUGCUGUCUUUUUAGAUUGUCUGUGGCUGGCAGUAAUGGUUAAAAAAAAAUGCAUGUCCUUGUCCUUUUAUGACUGGUUCAAACCUUUUACUUAUUUUUCUAGUCUCAUAUAGUUAGUCACAUUGUUAGAUGUUUUUUAGUCAGGAAGCUCAAAAGACUGAGAAGCUAAGGAGAUAAAUGGCAUCAAAAUAUAAAGAAAAAAAUAAAGGCCAUAACUGUGAUUACAUUUUUUAAAUAGAUUUUUGUAUGUUUUUAUUGUUUACAUAUCAAGGAGAAGGUGUAAGUAAUUAAACAGACUAAAGUCCAAUGAGUAUUACACGUUAUUGUCUUUACUGUUUUCUGAUUUAAACUUGAAAUGUAUACACCUACUAGUUCCAAUAUUCUUAAAGAUGUUGUUUGAAUUUAUGUCCAAAUUAAAAAUAGCCCAGGUGGUAAAAUAUUUCCUCUGAUAUUACUGAUACAGUCUAGUUACAUUACAGAGUAGCUGAAGUAGUCAUACUUAAUCAUAGUUAGAAAUAAGAAGUUAGCUGAACAAACAUAUUUCCUAGGCUAGAACACCUGAAUGCUACAGUAGUUCAAGUUUGUGACCUUUCAUAGUGAUGGCCAUUUAGAGACGCCUCUUUGACUGAUUUGUUGGAUUUUGGUGACCCACAUUUUGCUAUUUUCUAUUUUCUGUUGUGGUUAAACAUUUUGACAUCAGCUCAGCUCAAUGCCAAGCUAAAUAAAUACAACAAGGUUAAAACUGCAUCAUAAUGUGACCAGGAUUGUGAGAUUACCAGUGCUGUAAACUGACAAUGUCAUUAUUCAAAUUGAACAGAUAUUGUGUUCAAAACAGAUACAAAUACAGACAAGAAUAGCAGAAGCACGUAUUUGCAAGUGGGAAUUAUUCAUUUCAUACAGGGUGUGAGUGUUCUUGAGAUAUUAAGCUCUUAGGACAGAGAAAGACCUAAAUUUAAGGGCAGCAGGAUGCAUUUACAGCAUCCUGACUGACUACCUGGUCAGGAUCACAGUGGUUUAAAUUAAUAACUGCACCUCAGUGCAAAUGUGGCUACAGAUAUGAACAUUGGAUGUACUGAAAAGAUGCAGAUCAUGGCUUUUCAUUACACCUCUACUAUGAACAAAUAGUGAAACAAAUUCACUGUACUUAAAAGGAAUUACCUAACAGACAGCACACUUUAUCACAUUCGACACUUAUGUUGAUCACUCGAUUAUGUCUUUAAUUAUAUAUACUCAUUUUGAGCUAUUGUUCAUUGAAAUGGUGCUCUGGUAAAAACAGACAGGGCUGUGCAGGCACACUUUAGACUCUGUUAGGGUGACUCAGCUAAUUGAUUUAACUCUAUGAUUAAGAAUUAGUGCCAUUAAAUGCAGAAGUUUGGAAUUUUGUGCAAGUUUAAGAGAAAGAAGUGACUAGUUAGUUGUAUGAUUGGGAUUAUUUAGUUAAUUGGCAAGAAUCAAGGGAUCUGUUAGGUCUCUCCUCUCCCAGCAUGCUGCACUGUCCCUGUCCGUGUGUGUGUGUGUGUGUGUGUGUGUGUGUGUGUGUGUGUGUGUGUGUGUGUGUGUGUGUGUGUGUGUGUGUGUGUGUGUGUGUGUGUGUGUGUGUGUGUGUGUGUGUGUGUGUGUGUGUGUGUGUGUGUGUGGCCAGUGAGUUGGGCUGCUGCUGAGAGCAGGGAGAACACGAGGAGGCUGUGCACCGGGAAACUGCAUCACAUCACACGCCAUUCACUGAAUAACCGUGUGAAUUAAAAUGACGACAGAGCCGAAUUCAGAGUUAGACGGCAAGCCGGAGCAGCAGGGGUCAGGUGCGGCACCGCCCCACACAGCCCCACCCAUCGACGACCAGCUGCCACCUGCAGCUGCCCAUAGCACGCCAGUUAAAAAAGAGCAGAACGGCGCGAGAGAGGUAGGAGGUGCUGCCCAGGGGAAAACCGAUCAGCAGUCAACCGAGGACGAGUCUACCCCCUACAAGUCCACUUCCAGCAAGCUGUCUAGGUCUCCCAUCAAGGUGGCCAAGAAGCCCAAAAACAUGCAGUGCAAAAUCACGCUUCUUGAUGGCUCAGACUACACCUGUGUGGUAGAAAAAAGAGACAAAGGCCAGGUGAUUUUUGACAAAGUCUGUGAGCAUCUUAACCUUCUGGAGAAGGACUACUUUGGUAUCACAUUCCGUGAUGUAGAAAAUCAAAAGAACUGGUUGGAUCCAGCCAAAGACAUGAAGAAGCAAAUCAGGGGCGUUGCCUGGAAUUUUUCCUUCAAUGUGAAGUUUUAUCCUCCAGACCCUGCUCAGCUCUCUGAGGACAUCACAAGGUAUUACCUAUGUCUGCAGUUGAGAGAUGAUGUAGCGUCGGGCCGCCUGCCUUGCUCCUUUGCCACACACACAGUGCUUGGGUCAUAUACAAUCCAGUCAGAACUUGGAGAUUACGAUCCAGAUGAGUACAGCACCAACUAUGUCAGCGAGUUCCACUUUGCUCCAAACCAAACCAAGGAACUCGAAGAGAAGGUCAUGGAGCUCCACAAGACCUACAAAGGGAUGACACCAGCUGAGGCUGAAAUGCACUUCCUAGAGAAUGUUAAAAAGCUGUCUAUGUAUGGAGUGGACCUCCACCAUGCCAAGUUGGUAGGAAGCUUCUUUGAGUGCUUGUCUCCAGCUAAAGGAGAGGAUUCAGAGGGUGUGGAGAUCAUGUUAGGAGUGUGUUCAUCUGGUCUACUCAUCUACCGAGACCGGCUGCGAAUCAACAGGUUUGCUUGGCCCAAAGUCCUCAAGAUCUCCUACAAGAGGAAUAACUUCUACAUCAAAAUUCGACCUGGAGAGUUUGAGCAGUUUGAAAGCACGAUUGGCUUUAAACUCCCCAACCACAGAGCAGCUAAGAGACUCUGGAAGGUUUGUGUGGAGCACCACACCUUUUUCAGGUUGGUAUCUCCUGAAACUCCACCCAAGAAGUUUCUGACUCUUGGUUCCAAGUUCCGCUAUAGUGGCCGAACCCAGGUCCAAACGAGAAGGGCCAGUUCACAAAUAGUUCGUCCAGCUCCCUUCUUUGAGCGCUCCACCAGCAAACGCUACAUCAUGUCCCGCAGUCUAGAUGGAGCUCAACGGAGCAUCCCCCAAAUCACAGCGACUGUAGUCCCAGGAUCUAUACCACUUAUUGCUAUGAAUGGCACUAAACCAGCAGAGAUGGGUACAGCAUUGUACGGGGCUGCAAAGGGCAUCGCCAUGAGUGACCUCAUCACCACAAUUACACCCGAGAAGAAGGCAGAGGAGAAGAGGUCAGAAGAGGACGAAGUGCUGCUCGUAGAAAAUAUUGUUGUGGAGGAGGAAGACGAGACGACCAAGGCUACAGAAGUAUCCCAGCCAAGUCCACUAUCUCCUGUCCAAUUAGACACAAGGACUGAUUUUACAGACACUGCUAUUGAUGGUGAAUUGACAGCUACUGAGCAGUCGGAUCAGGAAGACGAAUCUGAAAUAAGGAUCCAGCCCAGUUUUAUAAGGAGAAUUAAAGGAGAAAAUGUGUUUAUCAGACAUAGUAAACUGAUGCUGGAGGAGGUGGAUAAAACACCCGAAGAGCUGGUAAAACACCAGACCAACAUUAGUGAGCUGAAAAGGACUUUUCUGGAGGGGGGCACUAAUAAAUCAGGUUUAACAGAGUGGGAGAAGCGUCUCUCCUCAUCCCCCCUGCGAUCCCCCCGGCUGGACGAGGCUCCUAUGAUUGAACCCCUAGUGCCUGAGGAUACCAAAGAGGAUUCAGUAGCAGUGGCUGAGAAGGUGGAGAUUGCUAGAGGUACAGAACAACUGGACAGCCAGGAUGACAGGAAAGAUGAUGUGGAGUCUGAUGGUUGGGUAAUUAUAAACAAGGUUCCACCUAAGCCUAAGCCCACAUUCGAUGAGAUGUCCCCGGAGCUCACUGCUCUGUUAAAGUCUGCUCAUGAACAUAUCAGCACCUGGUCCUCCUCCUCUACAACUACUGGGCAAACCGGGGCCAUCCUUAAGACAUCUACCAGAUCUGAGAGGACUGAACAGCAAGCAGAUACACAGAAGCUUCCAGAAAAAGACCAGCCAAGGGAAGAGGAACAAGCAGAUGAACCACAGCAGUAUACCGUAUCGAAAAAGUCACAGGUAGAGGCACUUACUUUUCCAGACGUGUUGGAGCCUGGUGUCUCUAAAAUUACCUAUGAUGAGCCCAGUAGCUCUGUGCAUGUCUCAGACCAUUCUACAUCAGACAAGGCCAGCAGUGAUUCAAGCAGCAUGGCAACUGCUGAAUUCAACAUGCCCAUAUCGUCUAUGGGUAUUGCCCUCAGUUCCAUGACCACUCGGCCCCUGUCUCCCAGUGACAGCGAGUCUGGUGAUGAGAGUUUUUCUUUGUCUACCGAUGAUGAUGAUCCAGCUUCUGGAGACCAGUCACCCAAUAUGACACUCUGCUCUACUAUCAUCCUGUCGGAGCAGACGGGAGAUGCUGAGGGUCACAGUAAGGAGGUUUCCUCACUGCUCCAAACAGGGGUCAUAACCUUUAGCAGUGCGUUGUCAGAUGAGAUGGAGAGACUGGAUUCAGAGGAAAUGCCAGUGAUCCAUACGGAAAUGAAGACCAUAACAUAUGAGGCUCUAAAGGGUGAUACAGAAGGUGACACAGAGCCAGGGAUUCUGAUGAGUGCUCAGACCAUCACCUCUGAAACUACCAGUACAACCACCACCACACAUAUUACUAAGACUGUGAAGGGAAGUGUUUCAGAAACCCGGAUUGAGAAACGUAUUGUCAUCUCAGGGGAUGCAGACAUCGACCAUGAUGAGGCCCUGGCUCAGGCCAUUAAAGAAGCCAAAGAGCAGCACCCCGACAUGUCAGUGACCAAAGUAGUGGUCCACAAAGAGACUGAAAUCACACCAGAAGAUGGCGAAGAGUGAUGCAGGAUUAGUAUGUCUUCAUAUUUUUCACACCUACACCAUGGGAAUUUAAGGACAUUUUGGAGAUGCUGCCAAAGGAAACGGCACUACAGACACAUCAAUGGAUAUAACUUCAUCUGAGCACUUCUGGAGUCACCUUCUAACAAACACAUGGUCACUCUGUCCUGCAACACUUGCUUACAGAUCUCCUGGCUAGCCUGGUCCAGCACUGGUCAAUGACCCUGCAUGACAUGGGAUCAACACCUUUUCUAUAAAGAAAAUAAACGCUAAAUAAAAUGUAGGAAAUGCUCAGUGACCGCAGUGUAAAUUUCAGUCUCCUUUCCACACUCCCUCUGAAGGAGAAAAGAAAGUAUGUGGCCAGAAUUUUGAAAAUAGUACUGAUAUUAUGACCUACAUUUUAUUUAUUAGAAUAUUUCUCGAUACAAGAAGAUAAGACUAAUAAUAAUGAUAAUAAUAGACUGCAUCUGUAUGAGCUCCAGUAUUUAAUCAUGCGAUAGGUGUGUCAUUGAGUUCAGUCCACAUGUCCUGUUCCAGCCACCUCAACACAUUCUCUGACAUGUUCAUGCUGAAUGUAUGUGUGAAUCACAAUAUGAAUGAUGUACACUUGCUUUAUGAUCAAUGCAUAUUAGUAAAAAAUGUUUUUACAAGAUAUAUGGCAUUUUUUUUUAUGUUUUUCCUUCAUUUUACUCAAUGAAAUUUCCAAAUUCAGUGAAAUGAAUGCACUGUGACCAUUUGUCACUGACUCCUUGCUAACAAUGAUGGCUUUGCAAGGUGACAUCUGCCCCAGUCUCUCUUUUUAAGUCAUUUCCCAAAAAUGUCAUUUUGCCCCAGGUGGCAUAACUGAGCCUUAAAUUGUACAAACUGGACAGAGAAUCAGAAACAUCACAACUGAUGUGGUUUUUAAUCCUUCUAUUUCUGUUUCCUCUUUGUCUUCUUUUUCUCAUUAUUACUAUGAUUAUUAUAAUUAUAUUUGUUGUUGUUAGCCUGUGUGUGUGUCCAGAAUUAUCAUGCUGCCAUGUGCUGCACUUCACGUUGAAUGUGUUUACCACAAAAGCUCAAUAAAAAUGUUUAAAAUGUU